UGAUCCUUCAGAGAGACAACGAAUGCCCACUCCCUCAUGGAUGAAACGGAGUCUUGUUCCAUGUUCAUGCUCUUAUCCAGUAGAGUGAAUGCUACCUACAACACCUCGCCGCCCGGCAUCAGCGGGACCGACAGGCCGUAAUGUCAUAUCUCCGCAGAGUUUGAAUCGACAACUGCCACAGCUACCUCCUUUGGGUGCUCCAAUCCAGCUGGAUAAACAUGCCGAGUCGAAUAACUCGCCUGCAAAUGGUCCGGAAGCUAAGCGGGCAGUUCUGCUAGACGUGGUACUCGAAAGGGACGAAGAUGGGGGUGUCUCUGAAGCCGCAGAAAACAUAAUCAAGCAGCUAGGAACUCCCUUGAAUGCAUCAGCAUACGCCUACAAUGCCACUGCUAGCACGUCAACGCACCAUAGGCAGGGAAGCAAUAGCGGCGAUCAGUCCGGCCGACAGACUGGCAGAACGCCUACCAAGCCCGUCAAAGUGGACAAGGCCAGGUUGGCAAGUCUGGUACACGAGCUACAGGACACGGAAAAGAGGUACUUGAAACGGAUAGCAUGUCUGAAGAACUCUUAUGCGGACCCUCUACGCAAGUUCGCAAGACGGUCCGAAACGAUGAUCAUACCCGUAUACGAUGCCAAGGUCAUGUUUGCCAAUAUUGACACGGUGGUCGAAGCGGCAGAGAGGUUCUGCCAUGACCUGCAAGAGGUGGAUUUGACGGGCAGAGCGAGGGACAGAAACAUCGGCGACGUCUGCCUUCAUCAUUUGAAAGGACUCAAGACGCUCGAUUGCUAUCGGACCUAUUAUGAUAAGCAGGACGAAUCGCAACGGAGCUUUCGAAGCAUGUUGAAGCGCCCAUCGUUUGAGACUUUUACCGACUCUGUCAAGUACCAGACGUCCGGCAUCGGGAACAUUGGAGUUCGCGAGCUUUUGGCAGAACCGGUACAGCGAAUACCUCGCUACACACUGCUUUGGCAAGGUAUGGUUGACAGCAUGAGUCCGCAUGAUUCGCAGAGGCAAAAACUCGAAGAAUGCAUCGAGAUUGCUUCCAAGAUCGCUAUGUGCGAGACUGACGAGCGUACUAAGCGGGCGACCGUGAUGUACUGUCUGGAGCGGACCGUUGACGGCUUCCCCGCGAAUCUGAUAUCAAACAAUCGAGACUUUAUCGAUUGUAUCGAUGCGGAUGAUAUUUUAUACGAUCGACCGCAAGGACGACCUAGCCUGCACCUCUCAGCAUCGAACCCUUCAUUCUCCAAUCUGAGUUUGUCUCCGUCAGGCCGACCUCUGUCGCCCGGUGGACACUCGAGCAGCAACGGCAACCUCAAUUGCACGCUGUUCCUCUUUGACGACAAGCUCGUUAUCGCCGAACGACAGCAUCCUGCUGUGAACGGGAGAAAGGCUACGGGCUUGGACGAUCUGAACAAGAUGAUGAGAGGAGGUGGCGGACUGCUCGGGCUCGCUCAGAGUGGGGCGCAUUUGACUAAGGACAAGCUCAGCUUCAAGGGUAUUGUGGACCUAUUUGAUAUAACGGCUGUCGGCUUGGACGGCGGAGAUUUUCAGCUCGCUUUCCGCGCUCCUCCCACUGACCAAGUCGACAAGUGGGCAGGUCGGCCUGUGCGGAAUUACACAGUGGUUCACCCCCCUCUGCCGCCCAACACCGAUACCUCGGCCGCUAGUCUGGAUCGACAGAAGUUCAUCAAGAAAUUGUGGACUGCACAGGCCCUGAUGCGAACGAAACCUAUCGCGUCAGCUCCGAAAGGCUCGAUGCAGUCGCAGGGUAUCGGUCUACCUACAGCUUACAUGGCUGUACAAAACCAUGUCGUGGAAUCUCGUAGCCGCAACCGCGAACAUAUUGCCCUGUAUACCAACCUAUGGGCCAGAAAUGCUUGGGAAAGCAGCCAUAUUAAGACUAAGACGGUUGUGCAGAUCAACUCAAUGGCACCUUCCGCCGACCUUUCCGCGGGUGACAACAGCGAUCCAUCCACGAUUGUGAGACUGGAUGGUCAUCAGGCUAAUCGCUGCAAUAUAUCAAUCGCUUACGCCCGGAACGGACGACUAGACAAAGAUCAGGAAGACUGUGGUCUGGGCGAUGCGAUCGACCGCGCCAUUCAAUUGGUGCACGCCAUCGGCGAUCUCCUCCCUGCACCUGUGCAAGGCUCAUCGUCACAGCCGACGACCCCAACCAGUGCAAGAAGCCGUCCCGCUCUGAUGACCUUGGAUACGUUGUCGCGAAGCCUCUUUGGAAAUCAAAGCAUCUCUUCGCGAUCGAAAUCGACUGUUAGCCGCUCGUCGACCCUGGACACCUCGCGAUUCUCUAUAGACACCAAAUCCACUGCGGCUACUUCCUUCGACUCUGACCACGGCGUCAAAACGAUGGGGGAGUACAGUCCCGGCAGAAGCACAGCAGGCAGUCGGUCGGGCAGUCAGGAAUUGGAUCGCUCUUCCGGCUUGUUUGCCUUGAACGAGAUCGGGGGUGACUCUGAAGCGGAUCUGAAUGCGCGACUCGACCUGGCGAAGAUCAAUUCGAUAUCGACCACCCAAAUGAUGCAGGUGAUGAGCGCUGACGAUGUGUCAGAAAUGGGAGGCAUCGCCCGAACAGCCGUUUCGAGAACUUCGCCGCCUCGAGGAGCUUUGCAUGUUCGAAACCGGACGCCUAGUCCUCCUCCUGAUGACUCGGACGAAUUGAUGACUAUCAAGCCAAUCAACCUGCCAGUCAGCGCUACCAGGCCGUUGAACCUAGCACGUGGCCGGACACCAUCACCCACUAAGGGACCGAGACCGUUGCCAUCCCCUCGGCCAUUGGGUGUGGACUUGGAACCCGCUUCGAGCACAACUCUCACUGCGACUGCCUCUACUCCGUUAGUAUCUCCUGGCCGGUUACUCGGACCACGUCAACCGACGAUCAAGCGAGAACGGUCCAUUGCGCCGGCCGGCACGGCAAGAGUGGUCUCUGGUGCCGGUCGUAAGGUAUCGACGGGAAGGCCGACCAUGCCUCUCAAGGAUAGUCCUAUCGAGACAGAUGUUUCGCCCACGUCGCCCUUAAUCCACAAACGGAAUCGCUCAGACGAAGUACUCGCGCCGCGGAAGAGAUCGUUUGACAGGCACACCAUACCGAAAUCCUUCGAGAGCGAGAUGGGAGACGGAGCGGACGCGGCGCCCCGGGCUCUGCCCAAUCCACCACAGGCUGUCAGCGAUUCUGGUAUCUUUCCACCUCAGAUGAUGCUGGUCGAACCGACACCUCUGGAGCCAGAAACGGACGUCUUCUGGGAUCCUAGUUCGAGCGAGGCGGAUCAUUCGUCAAAAGCCGCUACUACUGCUCGGCAACUCAAGGUCGAGCUCGAGAGACUGGACUCUGCCGUUGGAAAGGGAAUUGCUACCAAGCAGAGACAGAAGUUGGUCGUGGAAGGGUCUCCGGGACUGAUAAGAUCCCCACCUAGCAGGAAAUUAUCGACACACGUAUCUGUAGACGCCGAUCGAUCGGCUUCGCUAUCCUCGCGUCGCAAUGCGGCGAAUAAUACGAGCAAAACGGAGCUGGAUGCUAGUUUCAUCCAUCGUUGGAUCACCAACGCCUCGGCGCUGCUCGAGCAGGUCACUGAGAAUCUCUCGCGCGCCGAAUGUGACAAGGUUCAGUUGAGAGAAGAAGCAGAGACGUAUCAUCAACAAGCGAUCUCGUCAUCCCUCGAGGUCAACAGCUUACAAGGCCGACUGGCUCGAGCGACGUCUAAGGCGGAUCUAGCGAAAUCUCAGAUUCGUGAUCUAACGGCAGAGCUGGAGACGGUGUACGAGACAUUUAACGUCGAGCUCGACAGCUUGUUCACCGAUAUGCAGUUGCCGCCUACAGAAGCAUUCAAGGCGUUGACAAGGGACGUUCAAGAAACCAAAGCGAAACGCAACGAUUUGCACCUGGAAAACAUACGCCUACGGCGAGAGUUGCAAGAGUCGAACAGACAGAGAGAAGAGCUGUCACGGCUGUUGAGGGCAUACGGCAAUACUUGAUCUUGUGGCAGCAUAGCCACCUUGCUGGAAAUAGUGGCCUACUAUAAUGAUGUGCGUUCGUUGUAAUUUCAUACGCUGGCACGUACCCCCAUACCCUCCCCCGGUCACGAUCGGUAGGAUGACCUUGAUAUGCAUGUAUAUGCGACGGGUAUGAGAGGAUCCGAUGUUCGUGAUGUUAACGACAGUCAGUGAUCGACGAGAGGUUGGAGGAUGUAUCGGAU